CGCUGGGGCCACACCAUGAAGACGUGAAAGACAUUUAAUAUAUUGCAUGGUAUAAUGUUGUAUACUGCUGCACUAGAAGUCAUGGAAGACCUGUUGACCUUGCAUGCAAAUUCUGUACAAACACGUCUGUCACAGUAAUGUGAAAUCUCAUUUUUAAUGUGAUCAAAUACGCCAUCAGGCUUCAGCGACAUAAAACAGGCUGAAGACAGCCAGCCAGAGUUAAAUAGGGACUUUUAAAGAGGGAUUUGCCAUCUGUCAUGGUGUGAAGAUUUAGAUUAGCAGGAGUUGUGUGUGACGCUCUGAAGAAGAGAUUUCCAGAGGAAAUCAACAUCGUGUCUGACAUCAUCCUCAGCUCUGUAUUUGAAUAAUGACCAAAUACUAGAUAUAAAGAUCUGAGGAAGCCAGUAUGAUUUUCAUAUUAGUGAUAGUUGGGCAUUGAUAGCCAAAUUAACAGUGUUGUUUCUCUAAGAUUAAUAAAACCAUAUGAGAAGUGUUUUGGGGAGGUUAAAAUGUGGUUUAUAUUGUUACAUUUUUCUCUGUAUGCCUCUCUAUAAUCAUGAGAGAAGCAGUUAAUCUGCUGUUUUAGAUAUUCUUGUUAUUCAUAGUGUCCCAUGAAGUGCACAUAUCGGUGGUACAUUUUGUUGAGUUACUCAUACGGUAAUUAUAGACUGUUAAAGAUUGAUCUGAUUUUUGCUUUUCCUCCUUCCUUAUUUCUGUGGGCUAACAGAUCAGAGGGUUUCUUUGCAGUUUGAUUACAUAUAUGGCCUAAAUAGGUAACUUAUUUAUUUAAUUGUAUAUUUAGUGGUGCUUGCUAAGGUUAACGGCACUAUCUUUAUUGCCCGUACUUCGGAAUUUGAUAUAUGACGAUGUAAUCGGAUAUCGAUGAUAUCUUACAUAUAACCUGAUGCCGAUUGUGACACUCAUUGACAGUUGAUGAUCGACCAUAUUUUGGGAAAUGACAAAACCAUGGUUCUGGAAAGUUGUAUAUUAAACAGUAUACACCGAUCAGCCACAACAUUAAAACCACUUGACUAAUAUUGUGUAGGUCCCCCUCGCGCUGCCAAAACAGCGCCAACCAGUAUCUCAGAAUAGCAUUCAGAGAUGAUAUUCUUCUCAUCACAAUUGUACAGUGCGGUUAUCUGAGUUACUGUAGACUUUGUCAGUUCAAACCAGUCUGGCCAUUCUCUGUCGACCUCUCUCAUAAACAAGAUAUUUCUGUCCACAGAACUGCUGCUCACUGGAUGUUUUUGGCACCAUUCUGAGUAAAUUCUAGAGACUGUUGUGCAUGUGUAAAUCCCAGGAGAUCAGCAGUUACAGAAAUACUCAAACCAGCCCGUCUGGCACCAACAAUCAUGCCACGCUCCAAAUCACUGAGAUCACAUUUUUAACCCAUUCUGAUGGUUGAUGUGAACAUUAACUGAAGCUGUCUGACCCAUAUCUGCUUGAUUUUUAUGCACUGCACUGCUGCCACACUGAUUGGCUGAUUAGAUAAUCGCAUGGAUGAUUGCAACAGGCGGGCGACCUGUAAGACAUCUCGGAAUGACACAUGACAAGAAAUCCUGUUAGACACAAAGACACACGCUUGGAAAAAAACACGCUUUAUUAUAUUUUUAAGAACAGACAAAAGAAAAGCCGUCAAUGCUCGUGUCUGAUUGGCUGUUUGUUCAGAGGUGUGCAGUGCUAGUCUGUCUCGUGGAACACGCGCAUGUAAACAGUUUUCACUCUUUUUUAUUUUUAUUUUUAUUUUUUCUCAGUUUCAUUCAUCUGAAAUCUGUUUUCAAAAAUAAUGUCAUCUAUGAGAAUGCUGCAAACGAUUUCCGCUCAUCUCAGGAGGUGCUGUGUGUUUAGUUUUAUUUCCACGGACCAGUUUGUGUUAACACGCAUUGUGAACGCAACUCUGCAGGUUCAGUAAUGUAUAUCUUUGUAUUAAAGAAACAAAGACAAAAGUGGUUAAAUCAUUAAAUAAUACAAGACCACAUUCACCUUGAACCUAAAAUUGAGUUCUAUUUUCUUUUCUUUAGGAAGCAUUAACUGUAUUACCAAAAUGCAAUACAAACACAAAUUCGAUAAGAACACACAUUUGGCAGCAUUACUUUGGGAACAGAAGGGAAUUUAUUAGGCUUAUUUAUUAUGAUUAUUAUUAUCUUUAAAUUGAUAAUUGACUUUAGUUCUUAAUUUGUAGGCUGUUAGUAAUUUUCGACCUGUUGUCGUUGACGUAUACUUGGGUGAUGGCAAAUGGGGCCAUUGGAGAUGGUAAAUGUUUGGAUUUGGGGAGGUGGUUAUAUAAGAUUGUUUGAUCACUUCGUUAUUUUAAUGCUUUUUCAUUUAGUUUAAAGUGCAUUUUGAAUGUAAAAGUUUUUCAUGUUUCAGUAAAUGAAUAACAUUUUUAAAACAAAAUCAAUAAAGCAAAAAUAUUCACCGACCUUCGGCAGGGGGGGUUGAUGAUGUAAUUGGAUAUCGCAAUAUUUUUUUAAGAUGAUUAUCGAUAAAAUAUUUUUUACAUAUUGCCCAGUCCUAGUAAGCAGCCACCUAGAAACCACCAAGCAAUGCCAUAGCAACUGUAAAGAACAACCGUGCAACUGUAUAGCAAUGCGCUUAACCAAGACAGCAUCAGUGAUCGCCCACUUUUUCAGCCGCCUUUGUUUCGGAAGUAUUUUUCCUAUUCAUUUUUUCCAUUGGGAUUUCAUGAAAUGCUUAUUAAAAAGAGUUCUAAGCCAUCCAAACCAACCAGCUCUGUGGUGAAUCACAGCAUUACAAACUUUGAUUUGAAGCAAAAAAAAAAAAAAAAAAGCAUUUGAAAAUAUUGGUGGGUCUGAUUGGUAAACAUUUCUCUGCAGUAUCAUGGGAAGUGUAAUUCUUCACCAGAAAUUCUUCUAUUUCAAAUUUAACAGAGUUUCAAUUGAAGUUGAAAUAACGCAGACUGAUGGCUUCAACAGAAGCAUAUACCAUAGAUGAAGUUACUGUUUACAAACAAACGCUCCGCCCCGCCACUUCCGGGUUGUUUUGUAGCUCACAAAAGAACUGCUGUCUAUCAGCGCUUUUCUCAAAAUUAUCUGAAAAUGCCCCAAAAGUGCUAUUUGUGGGGUUGAAACACCCCAUUUCCUGCAGAUCAGGAAAAACUCAGGAUUUAACAUAAUGACGAUAUUUUACGGGUGACCGUCAUUUAUCGCACCUGCUCUGUUAACCUCGUGCGACCCCCCCACGUCCUGCUGCGCGGACAUUGUUUUUUGUCUUUGCUAUAUGCAAUGCAUAAUUUAAAUGAAUUUAAACCAACUGAUCUCAGUUCAGGACACUCUGGGCUGUCAGUAAAAGGUUAAACUUUCGACGUACGGAGUCAUGUGACAGAACAACUUUGUGCCGAUCACAGCUGAGUUUGUCUAUGGGAGAAACGGCAACAAAACUACAUCUGGUAAGAAACCUUAUUAAGUUUUUACUUUUAAAUACAGUGACCACUGUAGUGGACAGUAGCACACAUUUUCCAUAAGAAAUCCUAUAUUUACUGUGCAUUUUCACAUUAAGACAAAUGUGUUUUUUUUUAUUUGUGCUUUCCCCAAUACACAUUGGUACAAAGCAGCUUUACAGAAAAUCAGUUUUUGUUUGUUUACACAUAAGAGUUCUCACAAUCAGUUGAGUUAUAGAUAUUCUAAACUCAUUAAGAAAAACUAAACUUAUUAAGAAAAAACAACACUGGUAUCGGAUCGGUAUCGGCCGAUACUAAGAGUUCAGGUAUCGAGAAAAUGUUAUUGUGCAUCCCUAUCAACCGGGACAUGUCCGACAUAAUCAUACAGGUCCAUUGAACCAAGUAAAAAAAAAAAAAAAGUUUUCAGAAAGAACCCACGUAAUUUCUUCACUGUAAACCAUAGACAUCAAUUGAUAAUAACAUUUAUUAAUAUUUACAAUAAAAUGUACUAAUAAUGCUGUAUUAACUGAAUUUGGAAUUGCCUACACCUCCAGACUACACUUUAUCAUGCUUCUAUUAUAGAAGUAAUCUGAUCUGAGAUCAGCCUCUUCACCUGUCUCAUCGGCUAUAUGAAAUACACCUUAAUGCUUUUCUCUAAUCUCCUGUGCUUUUCUUCCUCUAUGCAUUUUCUCCACCCCCUCCGUCACACGAUGGUUUUGGUAAUCCCACAGUAGUGUUGCAUAGCUUUUAAUCCAGCAUCACAGGCCUUCUGCUGUGUAAUCCAGUGUGCCGGAUAUUCUAUUUCAGGACCAGCGGCCCUGCACUGGCCUCUGUCUCAGUCCCAGCCACACUAGUCCAGCCUCGCAUCUCCAUUGGAUGACCGGGACACCCGAGCAUUCCAUCUUAGCUGAAUGUUGACAUUGGAGAUUGGUGGAUGCCAACAAUGAUGCCAGAUCCAUAUCUCGAGACCAAAGGGCUUUCCAGUAUUUCUGGGAUCAGCAUGUCUCCUCCCAGGCAGAAUUCCAUCCCAUCACUGCAUAACACUAUGGCACUGCCCAAAACCUCCUACAGUGUGUUAAGUGCUUUCUGCACUGAGGAGAAUGUGUCCCAGUGUAUCACGUACAUCAAUCAGAUGUGUUCUCUGGGCCUGUCUGGAGUGAAUCUGGACUCUAAUUCAGACAGCCUGAGUGCAGUGCUGGUUCUGAACCUCCUGUAUGAACUGCUGCAGCUGCAGAGGAGAGCUCAGCGCUCUCUACACGAGCUGGAGACCCAACAGCUGAAGAAUAGCAGUGACCUCGAACAUAUGCAGCACAGCAACACCAGACUCAAAGACCAGUUGGAGCACACCAGAAGAGAGAACUCGGGCCUUCAUGAGGGAGAGAGACAGCUAAUGCUGAAGAUCAAGACCUUACAGAACUGCCUCAAGUCAGAGAAAGAGGAAAUACAGAAACUGCAAAGCAUCAUUGCAAGCCGUGCCACACAGUACAACCACGACACCAAGAGGAAAGAGAGAGAGUGCACCAAACUGAAGGAGCGUCUCAACCAGCUGCUCAUGGACAAGAGGGACAAAAAACUCUCCAUUGAAGUGUCAAACUACGUGGGGAGGUCAGAUGGAAAGAGAGGCCUUUGGAAGACGGGCAAGAUGGAGGCCAGACACGAGGGUGAGAUGUACAAAGCUCUGCUGAGUGAUUAUGAGUCUCGUCAGAGAUCUCUGAUGCUGGAGAACUCGGAGCUGAAGAAGGUCUUACAGCAAAUGAAGGGAGACAUGAUCUCCAUUCUCAGCCCAAAGAAACCUUGUGUCAAAACAGAGCUGGCAGAUGACAGCCUUGAACAGGCCGGCUCUGAUGUUGAAGAGGAGGCUAACACCAGCAGAGAGACUCUAGAGCAGUCCUGUGAACGGGCACGGGAGCAGCUCACCAACAGCAUCCGCCUGCAGUGGAGGAAACUCAAGAGCCACAUGCAGAGACUCGACAGCCAAGCAUCUCUGGUGGCUUGUCAGGAGCGUGAUGGAGAAGAUCUGAUCUCCAGGAGUGAACAUGAGGAGGAGGUGCAGCGUGUGAGACUGGAGCUGCAGCAGUGUAAAGAGUUCAUCCACAUGCAGCAGCAGCUCCUGCAGCCGCAGCUGAGCUCACCGUUUGAUGAUGAGACAGCAGCUCUACUGAACGACUGCUACACACUGGAGGAGAAAGAGAGAUUGAAAGAGGAGUGGAGACUCUUUAAUGAACAGAAGAGGAACUUUGAGAGAGAGAGGAAGAAUUUCACUGAAGCUGCUAUUCGACUGGGUCAUGAGAGAAAAGCUUUUGAAGAGGAUCGAGCUGCGUGGCUGAAGACCCAGUUUUUAAACUUGACUCCAUUUGUAGACCGCAAAAGACCUGCACUGCCUGAACCUCAAAGUGCCUUAUCAGUCAGUACAGAACCUGAGGCCAAAGUCCAGUCCACUCCACCCCUUCUGACACAGUCCCCGUCCUACACCGCGUUCUCCACCUCCAAAGCUGCUCCAGUGGAGACACCCUCCACCGCUGACCUCUACCGUACACUGCGACUCAUUCCAGAGAGCAGAGUUCCCGGCAGACGACCAAGCAGUGAAACGUUGACUAAAUCACGGCUGCGGAAUGGCUCUGCAGAUUGCAGCUUCAUCUCAUUGGUCAGAGAUGAGCAAAGCCCCAUCUAAAGGUACUGCAGUGUUACAGUGUGCUCGCUCUCACAAGACGCACUCCAUGAUUCAUUCGAGUGGCACUUGAAGCUUUCCUGGAGUCUUCCCAACAACCUGCUUAUUCACCUCCUCAUCUGAUUUGCUGUGUUUUCCCUAUUGUAGGGAGCUGGAUUGAGGAAAAGAGCUGGUGUGUUUAGCUGGAUAAAACUGAUCUCAGAGACGAUCAUUUGUUCACAUUUGCAUUGACCUCUUCUGAUCUCAUAGUGAUAAACUACUAAAGCUGCCAAUGUGUAUUGUAGUUAUAACAAGAAUUAAUGAUGUAUGUACAGUUCAUAAGGCAUUACAUGGGGCAGUGGUAGCUCAGCGGUUAAGGCUCUGGGUUACUGAUCAGAAGGUCAGGGGUUCAAGCCCCAGCACCACCAAGAUGCCACUGUUGGGCCCUUGAGCAAGGCCCUUGACCCUAUCUGCUCCAGGGGCGCCGUAUCAUGGCUGACCCUGCACUCUGACCCCAGCCUAGCUGGGAUAUGUGAAAAAGAAGAAUUUCACUGUAUAUGUGCAAAUGUAUAAUGUGUGAUAAAUAAAGAUAAUUAUAAUUAUAAAUCAGAUUGUGUAUAAUAAUAAUUAUUAUUAUACACAAUCUGAUUUUGCACUUUUAAGAGGAGCAAUACUUUUUAAACACUAAUACAAAUCUAAUAUAAUUUGAUGUUUUGCAUAUUAUUGUUGCUAAAAACAUGCGUAACUCAGUCUUGGGUUAGGUUUCAGGUAAGAUAUUUAGAUUUAAAAGUUUUGUACUUUUAUGAUUGUAAUUAAGUGAAAUUAUGUACUAUUUAAGACAUUGAAUAGGUUGUUUCAUUUAAUAAAUGUUAUGUUCU